AUGGCGGACAUUCAGAAGACUCCCUUUGUGAGGGACCUUGCCUCGAGCGACCGGAAAAUCCGCGACAAAGCCCUCGAGUCGCUCACUCUAUUCCUGCGCAGUCGCAAUGACUUGAGCGUUCUCGACCUUCUGAAGCUUUGGAAGGGUCUUUUCUUCUGCUUCUACCACUCUGAUCGACCCCUCACGCAACAAGCCCUCGCCCGCGCCCUCUCUUAUUCCCUCGUCCCAUCUCUUCCUCAUGCUACCCUCCAUCGCUUCUUGCGCGCAUUCUGGAUUACCAUCGGUCGUGACUUCCACUCUAUUGACCGAUUGCGACUGGACAAAUACCUCUUCCUGAUCCGUUGCUACGUCGGAGUCGCAUUCCAAGUUUUAAUCAAGGACAAAAAGAACUCGCCGAACGAAGAUGGCAAGAAGCGAAAGAGAGAAGACUCUGGAAAGAAGGGUCGUGGCAAGAAGCAGAAGAAGCAGGAAGAGAGCGAGCCAGUUCAGGAAGAGGAUGUCUCAGAGGAAGAUGGCAAGUGGGCUGAUCUCUCUGCCUACAUCUCUAUCAUUGAAGAUGGCCCCCUUUGCCCUGUCAACUUUGACCCUGAUCAGCCUUCUGACGACCUGGACUUGGAUUACGUUUCUAUGCCCCAUGGCCCAGACGGACUGCGUUAUCAUCUGGUGGAUAUCUGGAUCGACGAAUUGGAGAAGGUUCUUGAAUUCGAAGGUGAAGGCGAGGAAUCUGAAGAAGGAACACAGAACCGGAAGAUUAAGGGUGAUGUGCCCAUGGAAUUGAUUCUGCGACCUCUGGAGAAGCUCCGUACCGAGAGCCCCUACAAGCCGGUUCGAACUCGGGCUACAGAAGCGCUGGAGGACGAGCGAUUGGUGGAGUGGGGAAUCCGUGCUCCGCAGACCAACGACGGCGACGAAGAGGACAGCGAUGGCGAGUGGGGUGGUUUUGAUGACUGA